CAAGAUGGCGCGGCCGGUCCGGGGAGCGCUCGGAGCCCCGCGCAGUUCGCCUUGUCCUCUUCUCCGGCUGCUCCUGCUGUUGCUGCUUCUCGGGCUGGAGCCCGCAUCGGCUGCGGCCGGCCCGCGGGCGCCCUGCACUGCCGCCUGCGCUUGCGCUGGGGACUCGCUGGACUGCGGCGGGCGGGGGCUGGCAGCGCUGCCAGGAGACCUGCCCGCCUGGACGCGGAGCCUAAACCUAAGUUACAACAAACUUUCUGAGAUUGAUCCUGCUGGUUUUGAGGACUUGCCGAAUCUCCAAGAAGUGUACCUCAGUAACAAUGAGUUGGCAGCCAUACCGUCGCUGGGCCCUGCCUCCUCUCACAUCGUCUCUCUCUUUCUGCAGCACAAUAGGAUUCGCAGCGUGGAGGGGAGUCAGCUGAAGGCUUACCUUUCCUUGGAAGUGCUGGAUCUCAGCUCCAACAACAUCACAGAGAUCCGGAGCACCUGCUUCCCACACGGACUGCCCCUGAAGGAGCUCAACCUGGCAAGCAAUCGGAUCAGCACCCUAGAGUCGGGAGCAUUUGAUGGUCUGUCACGGUCACUGCUGACGCUCCGGCUGAGCAAAAACAGGAUCACCCAGCUUCCUGUGAAAGCGUUCAAGUUACCCCGGCUGACACAACUGGACCUCAAUCGGAAUCGGAUUCGGCUGAUUGAAGGCCUAACGUUCCAGGGGCUCGACAGUUUGGAGGUGCUGAAGCUUCAGCGAAACAACAUCAGCAAGCUGACGGACGGGGCUUUCUGGGGGCUGGCCAGGAUGCACGUGCUGCACCUGGAGUUCAACAGCCUGGCAGAGGUGAACAGUGGCUCGCUCUACGGCCUCACGGCCCUGCACCAGCUCCACCUCAGCAACAACUCCAUCUCCCGGAUCAACCGUGAUGGCUGGAGCUUCUGCCAGAGGCUGCAUGAGCUGAUUCUGUCCUUCAAUAAUCUGACCCGGCUGGAUGAGGAGAGCCUGGCCGACCUGAGUAGCUUGAGCAUCCUGCGCCUCAGCCAUAAUUCCAUCAGUCACAUCGCAGAAGGCGCCUUCAGGGGACUCAAAAGCCUCCGUGUCUUGGAGCUGGACCACAACGAGAUUUCGGGCACCAUCGAAGACACCAGUGGCGCCUUCACAGGGCUGGACAGCCUCAGCAAGCUAACUCUGUUUGGAAAUAAGAUCAAGUCUGUGGCUAAGAGAGCAUUCUCGGGGCUGGAAGGCCUUGAGCACCUGAACCUUGGCGAGAAUGCAAUCAGAUCUGUCCAGUUUGAUGCCUUCGUGAAGAUGAAGAAUCUCAAAGAGCUCCUCAUCAGCAGCGACAGCUUCCUGUGCGACUGCCAGCUGAAGUGGUUGCCCCCAUGGCUGCUGGGCAGGAUGCUGCAAGGCUUUGUGACGGCUACCUGUGCCCACCCAGAGUCACUGAAGGGCCAGAGCAUCUUCUCUGUGCCACCAGAGAGUUUCGUGUGUGAUGACUUACCCAAACCACAGAUCAUCACCCAGCCAGAGACGACGACAGCCGUGGUGGGCAGGGACAUCCGCUUCACCUGCUCGGCUGCCAGCAGCAGCAGCUCCCCCAUGACGUUUGCCUGGAAGAAGGACAGCGAAGUGCUGGCCAAUGCGGACAUGGAGAACUUCGCCCAUGUCCGCGCCCAAGAUGGGGAGGUGAUGGAGUACACCACCAUCCUGCACCUGCGCCGCGUCACUUUCGGGCAUGAGGGCCGCUACCAGUGUGUCAUCACCAACCACUUUGGCUCUACCUACUCCCACAAGGCCAGGCUCACUGUGAACGUGUUGCCAUCAUUCACCAAAAUGCCCCAUGAUAUUGCCAUCCGGACUGGCACCAUGGCCCGCCUCGAGUGUGCUGCCACCGGCCACCCUAACCCCCAGAUUGCCUGGCAGAAGGAUGGAGGCACGGAUUUCCCUGCAGCUCGUGAGCGACGCAUGCAUGUCAUGCCAGACGACGACGUGUUUUUCAUCACUGACGUGAAAGUUGAUGACAUGGGAGUUUAUAGCUGUACCGCCCAGAACUCAGCUGGCUCCAUCUCUGCCAAUGCCACCCUGACAGUCUUAGAAACGCCGUCCUUGGCUGUGCCCUUGGAGGACCGUGUGGUAUCUGUGGGAGAAACAGUGGCUCUCCAGUGCAAAGCGGCUGGAAGCCCUCCACCCCGAAUCACCUGGCUCAAGGGAGGCCAUCCCUUGAGUCUCACUGAACGGCACCACUUCACGCCCGGCAACCAGCUGCUGGUUGUUCAGAACGUGGUGGCGGAAGAUGCAGGCCGCUACACCUGCGAGAUGUCCAACGCCUUGGGCACUGCACGCGCCCACAGCCAGCUGAGCAUCCUGCCCACUCCAGGCUGCAGGAAGGACGGCACCACUGUGGGCAUCUUCACCAUCGCCGUGGUGUGUAGCAUCGUGCUGACAUCCCUGGUCUGGGUGUGCAUCAUCUACCAGACCAGGAAGAAGAGCGAGGAGUACAGCGUCACCAACACAGAUGAGACCAUCGUGCCACCAGAUGUUCCAAGCUACCUCUCUUCUCAGGGGACCCUUUCUGACCGACAGGAAACUGUGGUCAGGACUGAGGGCGGUCAUCAGGCCAAUGGGCACAUCGAGAGCAAUGGUGUCUGUCCGAGAGACGCAGGCCUCUUUCCAGAGGCGGAGACUCGUGGCAUUGCGUGCAGGCAGCCCAAGUUCUGCGUUGGGUACACGAAGGAGCCAUGGAAGAUGGUGGAGAAAGCCGAUGGCACACCUGCUCCACAGAAGAUGACAGAGCACAGCAGCCCGGUGGUGGUGUGCGGUGACGGCAGCACUGACACGGAUAGUCACUCCAAGGAAGAGGUCUUCUAUCCUCAGCCUGUGUCCAGAGACAGCGCACAGCCAGGGACUCCAAGCAGCCAGGAGCCCAGCCAGAGGGACCACCAAAAUGCUGCCCAGCCUCUGAGCAGCGGGCCCACCGAUGGGUCCCGCAGCAGCUGCAGGGCAUCUGUCUACCCCAGUAACCACGACAGAAUGCUGACGGCCCAGAAGCAGCAGCCAGUGACGCCUCUGGAUGGGAAAGGGGCCUCCUCUUGGACUUUGGCGCGGUUGUGUGAGCUGGACUCCUUGGACCUCCAGCCUCCCUCCACGUUAGCUCCAGGCAAGUGUGAGCUCACAGAAGCCACCUCGGGCCUUCCUGAUGUCCCUGGUGAAAGCCAGCACUUGCUUCUUUCUAACGGACACCUCCCCCAAGCACAUGACCCCAGCCCUGAGUGCCCACCCCUGACGGGGCAGCUCCCUGGGACCCGGAGCGCCCGGCUGCUGUUUGCACCGCAAAGCUAGGCUUUGUCUACCUCGGCUCGCGUCCACGUAUACAGGAAGGGGAGAGGUGGGAGAGGCAGCGGGGAGGCUCCACUUCCAGCGUCCCUGAUUUGUACAUAGUUUUUUCACUUCCAUGGGGAGUGUCAGCAGUUUGAAGGACUUGCAGCUGAAGCACAGAAAUGCAAGAGGCUGUUGUGUACAAAAGGCAAAAAAGUAUUUGAUACCCUUGUACAUAAGAGUUUUUUCAGAGAUGGCAUAUAUAUUAUAUAUCUUUUACAGAGGCUAUUUUAAUCUUUAGUGCAUGGUUAACAGAAAAAGUCGUAGUUUUGACAAUGUUAUUUUUCAUACCAGGUUGCUGUUUAAUUCUGGAAGGGGGGUGGUUCUGGUGCCUUACUGCAAGGAUGGAGUUCCUAGAGGCUACGAACCACACUUGUGGGCAGAGUUUUCAGUGGGUGAAAGAGAAGGGAUGUUUUUCUGUCGGAGACUUCGUUUGCUUUGGAAGGAACUUCAUGUCCGGGUGGCUCGUGUGUGGAUGACCUUGUGGCGACCUCCCUAUGGAGCCGAGGUGCGGAUGUCGUGUUUCUUUGCCGUGAAGGACUUCUCGUAGGUUUAAGUUCUCUCUGUAACAAGCAAAACCAGGGGUUGUGAAUCCACCACAAGCAACUGGUUCAAACAGUGACGUGCUGCCGUUCUUCCUUCUGUGGUGAAAGCAAAUGUGGUUUUGUCAGUUGUCAUUCACCUGUCAUUUGAGGCUUUUUAAUAAGAUAGAGGCUGCUGGUGUUGGUACCUGUGGAUUUUUCAAUAGUGAUGUGUUAGUUCUGCCAAUAUAAUUAAUCUUACAUUGGCCCUUGGGGGAGAAAAACAACUGAGUCCCUACGUUUCAGGGCUAGGGUGUCUCUACUGAGGAUUGCGAGCAAGCCCAGCCGCGUCCUUCCCUCGCACAGAGGGACCCGGGUUUGGACUCGAAGAGAUUUAGCCUUUCACCUGGGUUCUGGGUAUAUUUGCACUUUUUUGAGACCUGUAGCUAACCAUCUUGUGAGUGCCAGUGUGUAUUUCAGGAAAAAUUAAGUUGAAACAAAGGCCCUUAAAAUCUCAGAAAGCAAAGUUCCCUUUAGUCAAAAAGCUGAAGGAGUAUUGACAAAACGGUUAUGUAUGUUCAGUUUUACUGUCAGAUGUCAUCACUGUUCCAAGAGGUAAGCAAGCACAUUUAGAAUUUUGUUUUCAACAGUUAACUAAUUAUUAAAAUGUUACUUCCACAAAAUAUGUGAAUUUGCUGCUUCUGAGAGGCAAUGUGAAAGAGGAAGUAUUACUUUUAUGUACAAAGUUAUUUAUUUAUAGAAAUUUUGGUACAAUGUACAUUGAAAAACGUAAAAUAUUGAAGUGUCUAACAAGUGGCAUUGAAGUGACUUUAAUAAAUAAAGGUUCAUUUAUAAAAUGUUA